AUGGGAUCGGGUGCGAGCUUUGGCCAAGCCAGCCGUCUCGCAACCGCAUCGAAGCGCUACCGCGCAGCUCACAAGGAGUCGCCGAGCAGCGAUCACCUCAAAGCGCCGCUUGCGCGGGCCGAGGAAGAUGCUCCGGCCGCGGCGAGAAAGCCACCGCCGGACCGCCCCGGGUCGAAGUCCAAGAGACGCCAAAGUCUACCUUCGGUUUUCCGGUUCAAUCCGGCUCCUAGCGAUGCACGGCUGUCCUGGAGAAGAAAGUCGCUUCCUACCAGGACAGAAGAGACGACGACGAAGGCCAGUCCGCUCAGUGGUGCUUGGAGCGGGUACUAUAUUCAGUCGCUAGAGCGACGUGACAUGGGCCAGUUCGCUCUGAAAUUCACUUUGGAUGGGCUGGCCCAUGGAGAGGGCGUUGAUGGAGAAGGUCCCUACACCAUCGGCGGGAAGAUGGACCAGGUAAGGCAAGUGGUUGUCCUUGAGAAAACGAGCAGCGGGGGACCCAAGGUGACGUACAGCGGAAGGCUGGUGGACGUCGCCAAAGGUCUCCGUGGGACCUGGCAGACGGAAGGGGACGGCGGCGUCUUCUAUUUCGUUCAAGCCGACCUCUGCCAAGAAGUUGAAAAGGCCGCUCCGCGGAAUGCGGACCCUGUCAGCCCAGCUCAGCGUGAGCAAUGGCUGAGAGGCGUCCAAGGCAGCCCCUUCAGCUUCGCUCUAUCAUGCCCCGGCAACCAGGAGAUCGUGCUGGCCGCGGUGAGGGUGCACGGCCAUGCCAUGGAGUAUGCCUCCGAGGAGCUCAAAGCAGACCGGGAUUUCCUUUUGGAGGCCGUGCGCCAGACGAAAGCCUCCUGGCUCCUGCACUUCGCCUCGCCGGAGCUGCAGGAAGAUCCGGGUUUCCGCGCGGAGUGUGACUGGACGGCGGGUACUGGUCUGGUUUUCACGUACUAUGCGAGCUACGAUUGCCUCGACUACAUGCGGAAAAGCUUCCCCACAGCUGUCGCAUCGGUGCCGGGUGGUGAGGCAUACGAAGAGGUCAUGAAAAAAGUCACGGAUGCUAAUGAAGCGAGUGGCCUGGCCCGCGCAGCAACGGUUUGGUUUGAUCAGCAGUUGGUCUUCGGCCAUACGGCCGACAGCGGCAAGUGGCUGCAUCCGAGCCACGACUGUGGAAGGGACAACGUCCCGGUGCCACCGCCGUGCGCCGAGCGCGAUGGGAAGUGGGAUGCCCUGGUGGAGUGCCGGAAUUCGCGCCGCGAGCCCAAAGUCGGCGAACGCUUUCCCUGCUGGUGCUGCCACUGGAUUCGACUGGUCCGCCAGCGCCAUGCGGAGGGAUGCGUUAUUUGCUGCACUGUCUCAAACAUCUUUUCACCCACCUGGGUGGAGCGAUUCGGUGCCGGAUCGUCGGAGCUUUCGGACGAGGUGGCGGACCGACUGCAGCUGCCGAGGGAGAGAUUCCGCAACGGCCGGCCGGACAGCUGGGGGCUAGGAAAGAUCCAGGUCUCCCAAGAUGCGUGCUUCGAUCGGUUGGCUCCCAUCCACCCAGACACCGGACUCCCCCUGGGAAACGGUUGUCGCUGGGAGCGGAGUGUUUUGGAUAACAUGGACUUCCCCGUGUACGCGUUUUUCAUGCCGUGA